UAUGUCAAUCAAAUCUUCCCGAUCUUCCUUCUUCACAUCCAGAACCUUUGAUCGAAGGAAUCCCAACCUCAUAUAUUUUAGCAAAAUUACAUGAAAUGGGAUCAAUUUAUUUUCAAGAUAAAUUUAGUGCAUACGCCGAGUUACGUAUAAAAGGAAUUGAUAAAUCAUUUUGGAUACAUAGAGAAUAUUUAGAGUUACAAUCCAUUUUCUUUAAUCAAGUUCUUGAGCAAGUUGGACAAGGUGAUAUUAUACUUAUUUCCUUACCUUCUCCUGCGACUUUUGAGCCAAUCUUGGAAUUUUUGUACACCGGUAAUGAUGAUAAAUUGUAUGAUUUAUUAGAUUUGGACAAUUACUAUGAUUUUUGGCAAAAUAUUGACUAUUUGGGAUUAGGAAAUGAUGUUAGAGCUAUCAUUUUCUCUUUUAUUCAAAAUGAAGUUGAAAUUUAA